AUUGCCAAACUCAUCCAUUGAUGAUGAUUAGACGUUUGUUUUUGUUUUUUUCAAUUUUUGUGUUUGUGUUGGUGACGGUGACCUGUCAAACCACCACCACCACCAAAAACAAUUCCCGAACAUUUAUUGUCGAUUAUCCGAAUGAUAGAUUUCUUAAAGAUGGCCAACCAUUUCGUUAUGUAUCCGGUUCGAUACAUUAUUUUCGUGUUCCAAAACAAUAUUGGCAAGAUCGUUUAAAAAAAAUGCGUUCCGGUGGUUUAAAUGCAAUACAAACAUAUGUUGAAUGGAGUUCACAUGAACCAAUGCCUGGUCAAUAUGAUUUUGAUGGACAAAAUAAUCUUAUUGAAUUUAUUCGAUUAGCACAGACCGAAAAUCUAUUGGUCAUAUUACGUGUAGGUCCAUAUAUUUGUGCUGAACGUGAUUUAGGUGGUUUACCAUUUUGGCUAUUACGUGAACCAAAUAUUACAUUACGAACAUCGGAUCCAAGAUUUUUACGACCAGUAAAUCGUUGGCUUGAAAUACUUUUACCUAAAAUUCGACCAUUAUUAUAUGAAAAUGGUGGUCCAAUAAUUAUGUUGCAAGUUGAAAAUGAAUACGGUAGUUAUGGUUGUGAUCUAAACUAUACCAUUCAUUUACGUGAUAAAUUUCGUGAAAUUUUGGGACAUAAAGUAGUAUUAUUUACAACCGAUGGUAAUGGUGAUGGUUAUCUUCGUUGUGGUCAUAUACCACAUGUACUGACUACUAUUGAUUUUGGAUCCGGUACGAAUGUAACUAAAGCAAAACAAACAUUAUAUAGACAUCAAGAAUUUGGUCCAUUCAUUAAUUCAGAAUAUUAUAGUGGUUGGUUAGAUUAUUGGCAAAGUAAUUUUAAUUUUGUUAAUGUUAAUCCAUUUAUUGAAACAUUACAAGAAUUACUUGAUAAUAAUGCAUCGGUAAACAUAUACAUGUAUCAUGGUGGAAGUAAUUUUGAUUUUAAAGCUUCCGGUAAUGGUGGUGAUGAAAAUUAUCAACCAACAUUGACUAGCUAUGAUUAUGAUGCACCAAUUAAUGAAGCAGGUGAUCUUAAUGAAAAAUAUUUUGCUAUUCGUGAUCUUAUUGCACAGUAUCUACCGACGGAUUCGAUCGAUGAAAGAAAUAUAAAAGCUGUGAGUGAAAAAAUGUCAUUACCUCCUAUCAAUAUGACAUUUGUGGCAACCAUUUUCGAUUUGUUACCAUUUUUGGCAAAUAAAACUUUAAGCAAAUAUCCAUUAACAUUCGAACAAGUCAACCAGGCUUAUGGUUUUUUGCUAUAUCAAACCAAUCUGACAUUCCAUCCAACCAAUCCGGCUAUACUUUCUGUUCCGGGACUUAGAGAUCGAGCUCAUGUUUUUGUUGAUCAAAGAUUUGCCGGCAUUCUUUCUCGAACACAAAAAUAUUUUAAUCUUUCGAUUUUAGCUCAUAAUGGAUCUGAAUUAAGUAUUUUGGUCGAAAAUCAAGGUCGAUGUUCGUAUGGUUGUAUUAACGAACAUAGAGGCAUCAUUGGUAAUGUAACCGUCAACCAUAAACAUUUACUGAUCAAUUGGACUAUUUAUAAUUUACCGUUUGAUGAACAUUCAUUUAUCGAUACCGUUACACAAUUGUUACAAUCAAAAACGACAUUACAAUUUGAAUCGAAUUAUUAUCGAAUCCCAAGUAUUUAUAUUGCAAAUUUUACAUUACCAAAAUUACCUGGAUAUCCAUUGGAUACAUUUCUACAAACAAAUGGUUGGAGUAAAGGUGUAGCUUUCCUAAAUAAUCAUAAUCUGGGCAGAUAUUGGCCAGUGGCUGGACCACAAAUUACUGUAUAUGCACCGGUACCAUAUUUUAAUCGUGCACCAAAUUCAAAUGAAAUAAUUUUAUUUGAAUUGGAUGAAAGUCCAUGUUGGUAUGAUUCAAAUAAUAAUUGUCAAAUACAAUUUGUUAAACAACAUAUUGUCAAUGGUACAUAUGCAAACUAACUAACUAUUAACACAAAUACACACACACAUUGUUGAAAGAGAUAAAUAAAAAGAAAAAUGAUUUA